AUGGCGACAGCGGCUCGGGGUCGCCUGCGCGUGCGGCUGCCCUGCCAGGUGAGCGUCCGCCCGCUGGACCCGCAGCGCUACCCGGACGCGGAUCGCGUAUUGGUGGCUGUCAGCGGCGCCGGCGGCAGCCCCUCGCCCCGCGGCCGGGAGCAGGACCGCGUCCGGGUAGAGUACGACGAGGCGCUGGAGCAGAUGGCGAUCGUGGCGGACGGCCUGGACAGCAAGGCCGCCGUGGACGUGAGGACACCUGUUAAGUUCGACUUGGAUAUCAAAACAUCAGGGACUGGCUGCGUGAGGAUUCAGAAACUAGAAUGUGAUAACUGCAAAAUAGAAACGGAGAAGGGGACUAGUGUCCUGCAGUCAAUAAAGAGCCAUAAAAUAGAUAUACGGACAAACGGUGGCAAAGUAAUUGGUCUUGGAACACUUUAUGGAAAUACAGAUAUUCAUGCAACAGAGAAGGGUAGUGUGAAUAUAGAGAAGCUGCAGGGGACAUCCAUCAACAUAUCUACUGAAGAUGGGCUGCUGAAAACUAAGUAUCUCUAUGCAGAAUCAUCACGUCUGUCUUCAGUAGCUGGUGAUAUUCUGCUGGGAAGUAUUCAUGGUAACACCAGCCUUCAGACCAAAACUGGGAGUAUUACAGUAGAUUCAUCAGAUGGAAGUCUAAAAGCUUCUACACAUCAUGGGACGAUAGAUGUUUAUGUCAGUCAGUUAAGAAAAGUGGAUCUGAAAUCCCAGAAAGGUUCAAUUACAGUCAAGGUACCUGCCUCUCUCAAAGCCUAUUUACAGUUGUCUGGAAGGAAAGUGGAUGUGAGCUCAGAGAUUCAGUUAAAAGAAAUGCAGAGUGCCUCCAAAGAUGAUCACGUAACUAUAAGUGGUCACAUGAAUCAACGGGAUGAAACAGACAGGUGGAUUAAGGCUGACACACAAAAUGGCAAAGUGUGUCUUAAAAGCCAAAGUUGGAUCCAGUCUGUCAAGCUGAAGAGCUCUUAAAGGGGAAAUAGGCCAAAGAGAUUGUAAAGGAACAUUUCUGUAAAAUUAUGAACCUUUUUUGAUGUAUAUUCUUAAUAUAAGAGAGAAACAAUAUUAAAAAUGAGGGUGCUUUCACCCAAGAUUUGCCUGUGACUGUGGCUGAUGCUUAACAGAUCACUUUUAGUGCCUUUUAGGAACAACACAAUCUUACAUAUUCGGGAUUUGUAUAACUUGACCACUCACCGUGGCAGUUUAAAAACUGGUAGCUUCCAAACAAAAGUUUGGAGUAAGGGAAGAGUCCACAUCACUGUGCCCUUCAGGUAAAAGCUGCCACAAAAUGGAAGUAUUGGCCUAAUAAAUGAGAACCGUGAUCUGUUUC